AGGACUUUUUUCUUUUUUAGCACAGGACAUUAAGGGAGUCACACCACUGAUUUCUGCUCAUCUGCCAUGAAGGCGAUUUUGGGGAUUGCCUUUCUUUUUUACUUUCUAGCCCUGUCUCGAGCUCAGAAGAGCACAAAAAUAGACAACCAAAUGCAAUCGGACGCGUCCUCCAUGGCAAACGUCACAAAAAGGCUGAGCGAGUUGGAGGGGAGACUGGAGGAGCUGGAGAAGGAGCUGCGCGCUAAAGACAAGGGGACGAGCAUCAUCUUCUCAGCCACACUGAAUAAGAACGGAUUCGUCGGGCCUUUCAACGCUCCCACCACCGUUGCCUUCACGAAGAUACACGUCAACUUGGGGAAUGGAUACAACCCGAGCACAGGCAUUUUUACGGCAUACAGAAAAGGCAUCUACUUUUUUACGUUCACUGCCUUUUUGAACAGCAACAAGCAAAUGUUUGUAUCUUUAAUGAAGAACAACGACAUGCUCGUUGGGGUCUGGGACAGUUACACCCCAGAUGGCAACGACGCCGGCAGCAACACAGCCAUCGUUCAGCUGGAAGUGGGUGACAACGUCUUUGUCCGGCUGCAUGAAGAAAAGCAGAUCUAUGAUGACGGAGCAGGCUACACAAGUUUUUUGGGUUUCUGCUGUUCCAAUUGUAAAAAGAAAAGAAACAAAAUGCUGUGUCUCUUCUCAAAUAUUCUACUUCUUGUACAUCCAUAUAAGUGACACAGAUAUGUAGCCACCAAUGAAUUGUAUAGGGUGGUCCAGAUCUAAUUAUGCAAUUUUCAUUACGCUAUAACUUAUUAAGUUUAUUACAUAGAAAAUCACCUGAAAAAUCCUGGACCAU